UUGCUUUUUUGCUUAAGCUUGCACGCACCGCCAGUUUACGUGCGGCCAGGAGCUAAAGGCGACCCUACGGUGCAGCGCAAGACGAAAAAACACUGCAAUUCGAGGCAUUGUUCAUCGCAAGCACACCUGCUCCAAUUAGGCUGCCAAAAAAAUGCGAUGAUCGCGCGCCUACUGCUUCUGCUGCUCGCCACGGCGGCGCAGGAGCACGCCGCCACAACGGCAGACGAACACGCCGACCACUGCGAAGAACUAGCCUUCGCCUAUUUUGCGGUAGGCCCGCGGACGCUCGCGAAAGCGCGCCGGAGCGCGCGUUCGGCGAAGGCCGCGCAUCCGCAAGCCCAUACGGUGCUGAUCACCGAUGCGAAGGGCGCGUCGCACGUGAAGAAGGAAGCGACAAAAUGCGACGGCCACGGCGUCGUUUUUGACUAUGUCGACGUAUUGGCAGAGGCAGAAAACGCGACAUCGUUCAACAGCAUGCCGGAAUUUGUGGCCUUCCGCACGUACCAGAAGGACGGGAAAAAACUCGUGUCGAAGCACAAGCCCUGGACUACUGUUGGGGAUGCGAAUAACAAGGCGGUCGCGGAUUUGCGAGCGGCAAAAAUCAGAUCCCUGACGGAAGCUUUAAAAAGAGCGCCGACCUACGGUGCGCUCGUGUUCCUGGACGCGGACACGAUCGUGUGUCGCAGCCUCGUGAAGUACGCUUGUGCUAUGGACAAAGCUGACGUCGCAUUCGUGCCCGUGCCUCCAGCAAGGUGGCACGCCGGCGGCCAGUUGAGGCUGUCCUAUGAUGUGGAUCUAUCAACACCCGAAGCGAACACCGGUGCUUUGUUUCUGAGAAGAACGCCGAAAGCGUUAGAUCUGUUAAACCAUUGGUCGAGGACGUACAGAGACCUGCGACGAGCGGACCCGCCGCAAUUGAUGGAUCAGGUCGCUUUCAGAGCGGCGCUGCAUAUAUCUCGGGCAAAGUGGCAUUCAAUAGAUGACGCCGCGAACUGCCGGGGCCGGGACCCGGCGACGCGCGCGCAUGCCGCAUUAACUUGCGACGGCUUUGAUCAUGAGGAUACCUUCGUGGCUACCUCCUCCUCCACGGACGACCCGGAGACCUCCCCACGAGCCGUUUCGGCCGCCCUAGCCGUCGAGAAACGGCUGAAGGGGGGCCGCCACUGCGACGUCCUGCACUCGCACGAGACGAGCGACUUCCGGCGGCUCGAUCCAUUGGAAGGUAAAAAAACGUGCGCCUGGGUCUCGUUACCUUUCUCGGUGGACGACGCCUCGAUACAUGCGAGGGUGGCGCGACAAGCCUUCGAUGACUGCGAGGAGUGGGUCGCGGCGCCUGCCAGAAACCACGGCCUCGACUACGCGCUGGACUUGCGGUACGUCGCUGUUGUCAGGGACGCGUCCUCUCGAUCCAAGGCGGAGUACGACGCGUGUUGUGUGAGGGGUGAUCCAAGUCAUUGGUGCGGCGGAAUUUGUGUGGAGAACGAGAAGCGCCACGACUUCGUGAUCCGACGGGGCGACGCGCAGCUCGCCGCCCUCGCGCCGGGCGAGCCGUGCGUCGCCGCGCGGCGGCCGCCUCCCUCAAGAGCGGACGCGCGCGUCGUGCUGGACCUCGUGCGGGCGGGCCGGCUCCUGCUCUACCGCGCGGGUGACGAGGUGGGGGAGGGCCUCGACGCGCGGCUCGUGCACGCGGCGACGGCGUUGGGGGACUAA